AUGGAAGAUAAAGAGACAUCUGAUAAACUACUGUACCUGUUAGAUGGCUUGUCUCAAAAUGAAUACAAUAACGCAUUUGCUAAUGAUGAUAAUGAUAUUGUAAUUGGGAAUAAUCCAACACAAACUAUACAUGCAGUCGGCAAUGACGCAAACACAAACAACGAUAAUAAUUAUAAGGACAAUAAUAAUAAUCACAACACAACUACGACUAAUGACGCAAAUAUUAACAGAUCUAUUCUAUCCCAACAAAAUAGUGUAAUCUCUAUCCCAUCAACGUUACAAAGGGCCAUUGAUUUGCAAAAUGAACAAUUGGGUAUUGCUGAAUCUCAAAAUGAUACAAGUCAUGCUACCACAUCAUCAAUUAAUAAUAAUAUUAUGCAAAGGAAAAGAAGGCUUUCUGAUUCACCUAAUAUUACAUCUUCAAAUUCUUCCGUAUCAUCACUAACUUCCAUGAAUGAAAAAAGAUCGUUAUUUAAAACGGCAAAAUGUCAUACUACUGAUCGUAUUAACAAUAAUCAAUAUGCCAUAUCAGAUUUACUUAAAAAUUUAAAGAAAAAUGAAAGUGACAGUGUCAAACUAGGUGCGAAAACUUUUGAAAUAAAUACUCUUUCAAUUACUGAUCUAUCAUCCGAACAAACUAGUGAAAGACUAUUCCAUAACCUUUCUGGUCAAUACUAUACAAUCUCCAAGGAUUCUAUACCAACUUUUCAUGUCUCCAAAGAAGUAUUUAAAAGUCCAAUUGAUUUUUUUAAUAAAGUGAGUGAUAUAGGCCAAAAAUAUGGUUGUAUUAAACUAAAAGUUAUCAAUGAUAAUAAUAAUAAGUUCAAUUCAUCAAAGGUUCCUGAUAGUUAUAAAGAGAAGAUAAAUUUUGAGAAUUUUUCAUUUAAAUGUAGACAACAGAAAUUAACAUCAAGAAAACUUAUUAAUAGAUCAAUAUUGAGCUUUUAUCAUGAUCUUUACCAAUUCUAUACCACCAACUCCAGUAAGGAUUCUGAGUUUGAUAAACUACCUAAAAUUAACAGUAAAUCCGUCAGCCUUUAUUCAUUAUAUAGAUUGGUUCAAAGAAAUGGUGGGUUUGAAAAAGUUGAGAAAGGUAAAAAAUGGGGAUUCAUCGAGAAGAGAUUAAAUUAUACACAUAACGAAGAAGAAAAAGUGGAAAUUAGAGAAUUCUAUCAAAAAUUCUUGCUAGAUUUUGAACAAUCACACUUUGCUAUAACUCAUGCUUACAAAGACAAACAUACCAGGCUUGUAAAUAAGAACAAAAUCGAGGACACCAUUAAAUCAGUAUAUGAAUUAUGUUCUAUUGGCGAUGAUUAUCCAAGAAUUAAAGACAUGAAAAUAGUAAAACAUUUAAACAUCAAUGGUCGGACGAAAACAGACAUUACGAAUUCCCAAAUACAAGAAAGAGACACAUUUGUUUCUCAAUGGCAAUCAUGGUUUCCACUAUAUGAUCAUGAUAAAUAUGUUAAUCUAGCAGCAAGAACUUUCAACGUUGAAGAAUAUUUUAAUUUAAGUCAAGAAAUUUUUCAAGAAAUUUUUAUAAAAUAUUAUGACAUUUUCCUUGAGGAUACUCAUAAUAUACAAUCGGUAGAUAUAACUCAAUUUGAAGAGUUCUAUUUUGAGAUCUUAGAGUCAGAUAAUAUAGAUUUAACAAUUUUUACUGGUUCAAGAUUAAGUUCUGCAAAUCACAAGAUAAAUUUACAAGAACCUCAAAGUUCAUCCGAUAAUUUGCAAAAGAAAUAUGACAGGUGGAAUUUGGCGAAUGUUCCAUUAGACAGUCAAUCAUGUUUUAGGUAUUUGAAUUUCGAUAAAGGUGAUUAUACCUCAUCUAAAUAUGAUCUUGGAAUGUUAUGUUCGGUAUCAGGAUGGUCAAUAAAUGAUACAUACUUACCCUCUGUAGAUUAUCAACACAUUGGAGCACCCAAAAUAUGGUAUGUGAUUCCACCCGAGGAUAUGGAAAAAUUUGAAAAAUAUCUCCAGAGCAGUCAUAAUUCAAUAAAUUAUGGAAAGUUAAAUUUGAAUAGUAAAAUCCUCAAUGAUUCAAAAUUUGUGAACUCUAACAUUUAUAAAUGCCUUAAAAAUGAUGAAAUAGAAAAUCCUUCUUAUACUCUCAUUGAUAGAUUAUCAACAUAUGAAGAUUUUAAUUUUGCAGAUAGUAGUAAUAGUAAAAAAAUGGAAAAUAUCAUAUUGAUAGAUCAGCAAUUACAAAUUAGACCAUCACAUCUACGGGAAAACGGUAUUAAAGUUUAUAGAAUUUUUCAAGAAUCUGGUUCUUAUAUUUUUAAAUAUCCAAAAUGUUAUUCUUCCACGUUAGGUAGUGAUUUUUAUUUUUCUGAGUCAGCUUACUUUCUGCCUAAAUCUAUAUCAUUUAGAUAUUUAAAGGAAGGAUCCCAUUGGCUUGCGUUAAAUAACUGUUUACCAGGCAUCGAUUAUACUUCUCUUUUGACUAAUAUUAUCCAAUCAUCUAAUGAUCAUUGCUUGGUUGAAAAAGCAAAACAUGAUUUAUCUGAUAUUGUGAAGGUAGAAUUAAAUGAAAGAUCUCAAGUAUUUAAAUAUUUUCCUGAUCUGCAGGUAAUCGAAAACCGUUUUGAUUUUAUAUCUGAUUUUACAUUAAAACCAACUGGAUUCUCAAAAAUUGAAAUAAAAUAUAAAAGCACUAGAAUGACUUUAUCUCUAGCUGAAUUUCUAAAUAAUCUAGAACUUUUAGAUAACAGUGAUUGGAUUUUAUUUGAUGUGCCGUUAUCAAAUAUGCAUGUAUCAGUUCAUUUAUAUUAUCAAAAUGAUCUGCUGCUUUCACUAAUAGAUAGUACAGAUAAUUUGCUUAUUUCAAGUAAUACCAACGAUCCUCUAUUAUCAAUGACAUUGGAAGAAAAAAUAUCUAUGAUGUUGGUUGAAAAAUACGAUAAUGAAAGAAUUCCUUUAAAUGUCAUUGAAAAUUUAUUAGAGGAGACAACAGUGUAUGAUAAUUAUUAUUAUAGUAUUAAAGACUUGAUUGACAAAGCAUAUCUUUCAAUUAACCAAUGUAAAGAGAUAUUAUUUCAAUUCAAUUCUAAUCUGGAAUUAAUCAAACCUAAUCUAGAAGACUUUGAAAAGAAUCCUUUAACAGUUUUAAAUGAAUCUCCAUUAACUAUGAUAGUAUCUAAAUUUAAUCAAUUGGUUGAGACUUUAAUGCAAUCAUCUAUUACAUCACCUGAAAUGGAUUAUAUGAUACAAUUAUACAAAAUUUGUCAAGAAUUUAAAAGUAAAGUCGAAAUAGCAAUUGCUUCAAAUAAAUUAAAACUGCUAGAAAAGGCCUACCUACAAAGUUUUGAAAUUCCAUUAGAUCAUACGUACUGUCAAAUAUUAAUAAGAUCAAUCUGUAGAUUUAAAUGGUCUGAUAUCUAUUAUGAAUUAUUCACAUCUUUUGAUAUUUCUGAUUCAUUAAUUGCAAGAUCAUUGACUUUUUUAUAUGAUUUUUGGAAUUACGGUAUAAAUUUUUGUCAGGAAGAAGAUGUACCUAAAUUAAUAAAGGUCAAAGAAAGAAUAUUAUUAUGUCAGGAAAUUUUUGGUAAAAUUCAGAUGAUCAUUGAUAAGAGUAGAAAACACAAAAUGAUUUCAAUUGAGGAUAUCGAUAGUAUCGUAGUUCAAAUAGAUAAAAAAAGAUUACCGAUUCCCAUUAACUUGAAAAGGACUUUAACAAUGAUAAGUGGUUGUAUUCAAGACACUAUUUCGAAAGAGAACCCUUUUUUGUCACAAUUAGCAGGUAAUAAGCAGUUUAUUGAUGAAAUAGAUAGUUACAUUAGAGGUAAUUCUAUAAAAAGUUUUGAAUAUUUCCCAAGAUUUAAUGGCUCUGUAGAAGAUACAAGAAUCAAUAUAAAAGAGGCGCAAGGGAAACCAUCCCUGGCAGAUGGAAUUGCAGAUUAUAAGGCAUGGUAUAGUGAACUAAGAAGAAUCACCAACGGUCAAAGUAUUGGAAGUAUAUUAAAAUCAGCUAAGAAAACAUUGGAUUUGACACGAGACAAGUAUAUCGAAAGUGAGACAGAAAGUUCAUUUCCUGAGGCACUAUAUUGUCUUUGUAGAGAAAAAGAAGGAGGGAAGACUAUGAUUCAAUGUGAUAUUUGUAAAGAAUGGUAUCACACAAUCUGUAUUGGUGGCAAAGAUUGGGACUUUAGUAAUGAUGAAAAUACUAUAUUUGUAUGUCCAAUCUGUGAUAUCAAUGGUAAUACAGUAAUUCAUAAACCAGACGCCGUUAACUUUGGUGAUUUGAAAAGAAACAUUCUUGAUAUUCUAUAUUUGGAUGUGAUUCCUGAUAAAAAAAUUCUACAACAGUAUUUUGAACUUUAUAAAAUUGCCCUUAUUUUCAGAAAUUCUAUGUAUGAAGCUCUGUUUAAAGAUGGCAAUAUCAAUCAAGAUGUUCCUAUAUCAUUAAUAAAGUAUUACUUGAAAAAAGCAGAAAAAUCAAAAAUAGAAUUUAUUGAUCUGGUAGGUCCAUUAAAGAGAUAUUGCCAUUCGAUUGAUAAAACACAGUAUGAAUCUUACACGAAAACUAAGAAAACUAUUAUCACAGUCUAG